AUGGAGCCCCUGGAAUCGGUGACGUUUGAAGAUGUAGCUGUCGACUUCACCCAGGAAGAGUGGAGCCUGCUGGACAAGUCUCAGAAAAACCUGUUCCGAAAUGUGAUGAUGGAAACUAUCACCCACCUGGUCUCUCUAGGCUAUCAGAUCAGCAAAUCAGAUGUGAUUUCCCAGCUGGAACAAGGAAAAGAGCUGUGGACUGAAGCAGCAGGAGGCCUCCAAAGUCAGAGUCCAGGUGAUGAAAGACCCCUUAGACGACAAGAAAUGAUAUUCAUGCAAAGUGUCUACAGGAAGCACAUAUCCCCUACCAUGGCAAUGGUUUCUCACCUGCAAGGGGAUCCUGCUGGAUGCAUGGAUUUGAGAGAUGAAGUUCCUUCUAGAUAUUCCCCUCAACGUUCAUCAAUUCACUUAAGAAGGAAACGUAAUAGCAAAUGGUGUGAAAAGUCCCUUAGUCAAGGGUCAUUCCUUAAUGCACAGGGUCAUAUUCACAGUAGAGGCAAAUUGUGUGAAUGUCCUCUGUGUAGGAAAGUAUUUAGUAAUUGCUUUUGCCUCAGACGACACAAGAUGAUUCACACUGGAGAGAAACCAUACAAAUGUGGUCUCUGUGGAAGUGGCUUUUUUCAAAGUUCUGACCUUAGAAACCACAGUCGGGUCCACACUGGAGAGAAACCAUUUAAAUGUCAUGUGUGUGAGAAGCUCUUUAGUCAAAGUUCCUACCUGAAACAACAUGAGAAAACUCACACAGGAGAGAAGCCCUACAAAUGUCGUCUGUGUGAGAAAAAUUUUAAUCAAAUCUCUUACCUUAGAAAACAUGAGAAAAUCCACCCCAAAGAAAAGCACUAUGAAUGUCAUCAGUGUGGGAAAACGUUUAGCCAAAACUCUGGCCUUAGUCAGCACAAGAGAAUCCACACUGGAGAAAAACCACACGUGUGUCUUGUGUGUGGGAAGGCCUUCAGUCAGAGUUCUGAAUUGACUCGGCACAAAAGGACCCACACAGGAGAGAAACCCUAUAAAUGUCAGCGGUGUGGGAAUGCCUUCAGUCAAUAUGCAAACCUGAGAAGGCAUGAGAGAACACACACCAGAGAGCAGCCCUAUGAGUGUCAGCUCUGUGGGAAGUGCUUUAAUCAUGGCUCUUCCCUUAGGCGACACGAGGGAACCCAACACCAGAGAGAAAAUCAGGAAGGCCCUCAGUAG